AUGAGCCACGAAGAACUUGUUAAGCGUCUCCCAAAGGGACCACAAAAGCCUAUUAACGAAUCACGUCGAUUUGCCAUUAUGGCCGUAGGUGCAUAUGGGUGCAUCUGCACUUCUCUUAGAUACGCCUUCAACCUUACUUCAGGAGAUCUGCAGUCCCGUUACAACCUUACUGGUCGUGAUGUCUCAAGCAUAAGCACAGUGGGUCUUGUGUUUUGUUAUUUUGUCUUGCCUUAUGCUUUUCUCUUUGAUUACCUUGGUCCGAGACCUAUCUUCGCUAUUGCCAUGGUAGCCUUCCCACUCGGAGCGCUGCUUUUGGCAUUGGUUUUCGCCGGUCAUAUCGCAGCUUCCGUACUACGCUUUUGUGUUUUUAAUGCCAUUUUUAAUAUAGGUUGUACACUCUUUGAUUUGGGAUGCAUGAUGACAGUAAUGAGCUAUUUCCCAUCCCAUAAAGGAGCCGUCGUGGCAAUCAUGAAAUCGUACAUCGGAUUGGGUUCAGCUAUUGUGGGAUGCAUUCAGGUUGCUUUCUUCCUUGGAAAAACACAAGAGUAUUUCUAUUUCUUGAUGGCGCUAGUGUUCGUCGUCGGAGGAGCAUGCCUAAUAUGUCUGCCACUCCCGUCUUAUCAUCUGACAGGCUAUGAAGAGAAACAUCUGAGUGUUGAGGAAAAGGAACGACGCCUGGCACGAAAAGCAGUUUACCUGCGUCAGAAGCCUCCUACUAUUCGAUUCGUGAUAGGUCUUGUCUUUGUCCUCACAUUUGUUGUUUUCUUGCCGCUGCAGAGUGCACUUGUGGCUUAUCAGGGACUGGGGCAAAGCUACAGAAUUGCUUUUGCCAUUGUUGUCAUUGUGCUGAUGGCGCUUUACCCGAUGAUGGCGCUGCCUGUACGAUUUCUUGAUCGCCGUAAGACUGAGGUUGACAGGAUCACUGAACCGGGAAAUGAACCUGAGGGAGAGAGCAGUGAUCAGGUUGAUGUGGUGAAGCCGGAUGAUGUGGUGGAGACUGAUGUUGACUACAUUGCCCCACAGUAUCAAACGACGUUUUUUGAGAAUCUUCGCACACCAAAAAUGUGGGCUCUUGUCUGGUCAUACUUUUGCAUCGUUGGUUCUGAGUUUGUUAUCAUUUUCAACGCCCGGUUUAUUUAUGCUGCACUUGCUGGUGAGAAGGUAAGUGAUGAACUUGGUACACUUUUGACGGUGCUUAAUGGCGUUGGAAGUGCUGUGGGUCGUCUGUUGAUGAGUGUAUUUGAGAUUUGGUCGCAGAAGCGAAAGGCUGAGGAUCGUAUCCCCAUCACAAUAGCACUUUUCUUUCCAGUAAUUUGUGUGAUGCUUUCAAUGAUCUUCUUCCUUGUAUUACCAAAGGCAGCAUUGCCAUUGCCUUACAUCAUGGCUGCUCUUGGUAACGGCUUCUGUGCUGCUGUUAUUGUGAUCGUUGCACGCACCAUAUUUGCCAAGGACCCCGCAAAACAUUACAACUUCUGUUUUCUUGGUACAAUGUUUUCCGUUAUUUUCUUGAAUCGUCUGACGUACGGUGAGUGGUACACACGUGAAGCAGAGAAGCAGGGUCAGACACUGUGUCUUGGCCGGAAUUGUGUAUUGAUGCCCCUGCUCUUUUUCCUUGGACUCAACUGUAGUGCACUUCUUUCUAUCAUUUACAUUAAUUGGGAAUACCGCCGCUUCAGUCGUCUCGUACUAAAGGAGCGACGCCGCAUAAGGGAAGAUGCAUUACUAGGAGAGAGAGCCACAGAGACGCAAUCCAGCAACUUACCGGAUGCUCCAGCGGAAAAUCCCAUAAAUGGUGGAAACGCAUUGGCAUCACAAGAAAAAGAUGAUGAUGAUGACAACAACCGCAGCAAUGUGAACGACGACAACAACCAAAGCAAUGUGAAUGACGACAACAACCGCAGCAAUGUGAAUGAUGACAACAACCGAAGCAAUGAUAAUGCAGUACGUGUGUAA